AUGCAGGGUUUCUUCAAGUUUGGUCUUUUGGCAGCUGCUGCCUCGCUCUGCAGCGCUGCCUUCAAGGAGGGAUGCGCUGAUGCAGCCUGGGACUCGGAGACAGAUUAUUUCCUUCAAAAGUUCGAUGGUGACAAGAACCUGCCCUUCUCCCCCGAGUACAACAAGACAUAUGUCACCAUCAGGAAUCGCCAGCGCAGAUAUGUCGUGCUUCACUGCACCAAGGAGGCUCCCCCAAGGUCCAUCGUUGGAGAGAAUGCUCUGAUCGUACAGGUUCCCGUGAAGAACGUUGCAGCUCUGGAUGGUUUCUCUCAGAAUAUGAUUGAGAUGCUCGGCUUGUCCACGACAAUCAAGCGCACUGGUACAUACGCCGACGUGACCAGCUCCUGCGUCCGAGGCAAUAUGAUGGACAAGAUAACAUAUGAUGACGAAAACUGGGGCAGUGCCGAGGAGGUCGACGUCACAUUCUACGGCGACACUACCCAGUCCGACGACAAGAAGGUGCUCAUCUACAAUGUCGGCAAUCACGCCCCCCUGACUCAGCUGGCCUACAUCAAGUUCAUCUCCAUGUUUUACGGUCUUGAGGAGCUCGGCACCAAGCUGUAUGACGAGAUUGCCGCCAGCUACCGUUGUGCUGCGGCCAACGUCCAGCAAGCGAUUAUCGCUGGCUCUUAUCCCAAGGGCGCAUUCAUCUCCCCCAUUCAAAAAGACGGCGACAAGUUUACCGUUUUCCAGAGUGCUUGGUGGAACACCAUUCUUUCCGAUGCCGGAUCGCGUCUCGUCAAUGUCUCUGCCGAUGGAGAGGUCGCCGGCCAGGGCAACCCCACCAAGCCUGGACUGGUUUCCGUCAGCGCCAACAGCGAGAGCAAUGUGUUUGCCAAGAACAGCUGGGCGAUUAUCGAUACUACCCAGUACGACCAGCUUCCCGGCAAGCAGGCCCCGAAACAGUCUCCCCAUGCUGAGCGCGUCACGGCCGACACCUAUGCUGCUCGAUCCGGCGCAUCGAAGAACAUCUACGCCGUCGCAAACAAGAACGUCUACCUUGUGGACAAGGCCGAGAACCGCAACUUGCGCCAUAACUUCAAUGACCGCGGCAGCGCCCGUCCGGAUCUCGCCAUCCGCGAUGUCAUCUCCAUUGUUUCGCCCAAAUUGAAUCCCGACUACACAACCCAGUUCAUGCGCCCGGCCUCUAAGCCCGAUGAUCAGAUUGCUCUCCGACGAUACUCAAACACCUGCGCGAUCAAGGGCAAGGAGAUUGAGACGCUGAACAUUACCUCGUGUGCCAUGCCGGCGUGGGUAAACGGAUUCAACUCGACUGGUAUCUCGCCAAACGCCUACGGCCGUACUGACGACAUGGAAUCUCUUGCUCUUACGUCGGGUAGCGGCGGUCUCACUGGCGGUCAGAAGGCCGGCAUCGCCGUUGGCUCCGUUGUUGGCUUUCUUGUGAUUGCUGCGGCUGUGAUCUUUGGUAUUUUCAAGUGGCGUCGCUCCGCUGCGGAAAAGAAGAAGAAGGAAGCUGAGAUGCACCAGGUCGAGAAGGGCUCCAUCUCGAGUGAUUGA